AUGUCAAUUUCACCAAUAAAUUUUCCAAAAUGGCUUGAAGAACAUAGUGACAAAUUACAGCCCCCUGUUAAUAAUUUUAUAUUACAGCAUAAUGAUGAUUUUAUUAUUAUGGUUGUUGGAGGUCCUAAUUCUCGAACUGAUUAUCAUAUUAACCAGACAGAAGAAUGGUUUUAUCAGUAUAAAGGAGAAAUGUGCUUAAAAGUCAUUGAUAACGGGGAAUUUAAAGACAUCCCUAUUGGGGAGGGUGAAAUGGUCUUAUUGCCUGCUAAUACACCACAUAAUCCCGUUCGAUUUGCUCAUACGGUUGGUAUUGUAAUCGAAAUGCGUCGAAGACCGGAAGAAAUUGUAGAUGUUCCACCUGGGAAAAUGUCGAUAUCUUCUGCCUUCAUGACAGAUCAAGACUUGAUCGAAUAA